UGAUACCACGUGGUUUUGUUUACGAAAUCUAACCAAUCGUAGCUCAGUUCAGCGAGCUAACAAGUGCAAUAGUAUAAUACGUCUGUACGCUCAUAGCUAACGACAUAACAAGUUUAGCUUACGAAGCGAAGAGGUCGUGUUAAAAUAUAUCAAUAAUUACUGGAAUAUUUCGUUGUUAAUGGACAAUAUUCUGAAAAUGAGAGAUUACAAAAGGAAUACAUCUAUUGAUUCAGAUUUUGACAUGUCCGUUGACGAGUGUACCGAGACAUUCCAAGAUCUUGUCUACCUCGCCGAAAAAGAGGAUAGGUUCAUCAAAGGAUUAUUUGAGUCGGCACAUGUCCUUGAAAUGUGUCCAGAAAUAGUUAAUAUUUGUAUCCUCCCAAGUCACAACAUAUCAACCCACAUACAACACAAGCUGAUAGAGGCUUACUGCUGGGAGAAUGAUAUUCAGGUUAUUGAGUUGGACCAGGCCGACUUCAACCACACAAUCAAAGUACAGCGCAAUAAAUUGAUGGACUUUACACCAAUAGAAUGUGUCCUUGUAACGUCCAAACCAGUUAAAGACGUUCUUGAGCUAGAUGAAAUCCACAAUGAAGUUGAUGAAAACUUUGGCUGAAUGUGGACACACAUGCACACAUGGAUAAACAUUAAAUGGGACCCCAAUAUCCCAUUUACAAAAUCACUGGUGUAAUCUGCAUACAUCGAGCAAAGCAGACGGCAAGAAGUCGCUUCAGGAUACGACUCUUCGAUUUGCAUCUGUGCUUUGAAUUUGAAACAUUACAUAAUGGAUCACGUCUUCAUGCAUCGACCGUCAUAAAUAAAAACUUCAGUUUAUUUAUGUGCAAAAAUGCGGAAACUUACACAAACAACACUAAAAAUAGCUGCAACAUCACAUGACUUAUUUGACAUUUUCGUUGAAGAAUGUCCAUAUGUUUUCGACGACAACGUGACAAUUGCACUAAAUAAACACGGAUUGUGGAAGGGAGAUAACCAGUGUGUUAUACUGCGUAGAUCUAGGAGUAAACAAUAAUGCUAGACUAUGUGUCCUAUAUCUGUGUCAUGUGGCAUAAAUAACAACUGCGUAGAUCUAGGAGUAAACAAUAAUGCUAGACUAUGUGUCCUAUAUCUGUGUCAUGUGGCAUAAAUAACAACUAAAUAAAUAUACAAUAUAUCAUGUUAUGUAAAAGAUCUAAAGUUAUUUUGUUUUGUUGUUUCUUUCUUGUUAUUUUGUUUUCAAACGAUUUAGUUUCGAUAAUAAUAAAAUGAAACAAACAUCUAA